UGGAAAUCCAAGCAAUAUACGCAAAAUGCUGAAGGAACUCAGCAGGCCAGGCAGCUCAAUGGAAAAAAGUACAAUCGGCGUUUCAUGUCAAGACCGUUCGGCAGGACUGGAUAAAAAAGAUCUAGAUGCUAUUUCCUGCCCAAGGACAUAUCUACUAAGAAUCAGUAUCAGGUUUAAUAUCACUGGCACAUGUCGUGAAAUUUCUUGUUAUGCAGCAGCAAUACAGAAUAAAACUGUAAAUUACUGCAAGAGGUUAAUAUAAUUUUAAAAGUUAAAUAAAUAGUGCAAAAAGAGAAAAAAAUAGUGAAGUAGCGUUCAUGGGCUAAAUGUCAAUUCCGAAAUCUGACAGCAGAGGGGAAGAAGCUGUUCCUGUACCUUGUCCCUGAUGGUAGCAACAGGAAGAGGGCAUGUCCUGGGUGAUGGGGGUCCUUAACAAUGGGUGCAGCCUUUUUGACACAUCAUUCCUUGAAGAUGUUGUGGAUGCUGAGAAGGCUCAUAAGGGAGCUGACUAAGUUUAUGAAUUUCUGCAGCUUAUUCCGAUUCCGUGCAGCGUCACCCCCACCCCACCCAUACCAAUGAUGCAGCCAGUCACCCGUGCUCAUUGUAACACUAAUUUGCUGAUUAAGCUAAAGUAAGCUAAGUUUGCAAAACCAAAGAGGAUGUAUUUACAGCAUUCCAGAUUUAUACACUUCUGUCUACAUUGAUGCUUUGCCUUUUUUAACUAAGCUCUAAUAUGUUGGUUUUUAAAUAAAGGAAUGGUUUGUGUAUGUUGUUUCAUAAUUGCCAAUAUGGAAUUGCAGUCUGCCAACCAACAGCCGAAGUGAACUUAUUAAAGAUGAGUUUUAUUGGUCACAUGUACAUAGAAACAUAAAGCGAAACGUAUAGCUUGCAUAAAAUCAAAUCAGCAAGGAUUGUGCUGGGCAGCCCACAGGCAUCACUUUAUCUCCAGCACCAAUACAGCAUGCCCACAGCUCUCUAAACCGAACCACACAUCUUUGAAAUGUAGGAGGAAACCACCUCACUCUGAGGAAACCCACUCAGUCAUGGGGAGAUUUUACAAACUCCUCGCAUGUAAGUAUCAAAUCUACAGAAUAACUGUACAGUACAGUACAGAACAAGAAACCAUUCAGUCCAUAUCACGUCUGGGCUGGCUGGCUUUUGAAACUCUAAUUUCACUUAGGCCUUCAUUCUUGACUCAACUGAUUUAUUUGUAUUAUAUUACCAAUUCAAUGGCCUUCUAAAAUUAGUAAAAUAGCACCAAUCAUAAUAUUCCAGAUCAUGAUAAAAUACUGAACGAAAACACUGCCCUUGACCCCUUCUAGGUGAUACCAAUGGAAACCCAAGAGUUGUGCAGAUCCUGGAAAUCCAGAGCAACAGACUCAAAACUCUGGGGGUAGUGAUGAAGGGUCUCGGCCUGAAACAUUGACUGUUCAUUUCCUUCUAUAGAUGCCGCCUGACCUGCUGAGUUCCUCCAGCAUUUAAUUUUUAAGAAUUUAUUAGAUAUAGUGCAGAGUAGGCCCUUUGAGCUGCGCCGCCCAGCAAACCCCGAUUUAACCCUUGCCUAAUCACGGGACAAUUUGGACUGUGGGACUUGGAGGAAACCCAGCUGGUGAUGGAGAGAACAUACAAAUUUCUUAAAGGCAGCUGCAGGAAUUGAACCCUGGGUCACUGGCACUGUAAAGCAUUGUGCUAACCGCUACACUACCAUGGCAUUUUAGAUUAUGUCAAUGAUAUCCAAUGAUAUUCACUCUAUCAAAACAUCUCAUCCUCAUAAAUAUCCUUUGAGGUCACUCAUUAAAUUUCUACUCCAAACAGAACUCACUCUAACUUUUCCAGCUUCUCACAGCUGAAGUAACAUCCAAAUAAACCUCUUCUUGGAUUUCUAAACACUUUGCAUCUUCCCUUAAACUUCCCCUUAAUGUGGAGAGGGUUUUCCAAUACUGGGGGAGUCUAGGAUCAGAGGGCACUGUCUCAUAAUACAAGGACGUUCCCUUAGAACAGAGAGGAGGAGGAAUUUCUUUAGCCAGAGAGUGGUAAAUAUGUGGAAUUCAUUGCCAUAGACAGCUGUGAAGGCCAAGACUUUGGGUAUAUUUAAAGUGGAGGUUGAUAGUAAGGGUGUCAAAGGUAAUGUGGAGAAGGCAGGAGAAUAUGGAUGAGAGGGAAAAUAGAUCAGCCAUGAUAGAAUGGCAGAGCAGAUUCGAUGUGCUGAAUGGCAUUUUUCUGUUUUAAUGUCUUAUGAUCUUAAGUGCUGUACUCAGAAUUGUCCAAAGGAAACUGCAAAAGAAUAAUACUUGCCAUCUAUAGCUCUGUCAUAAUUUGUAAAAGUCACGAGAGAGGAAAGGAUUCUAGAAAGAGCAGUGAGGAGCCCAGAAGUUUCAGUAACAGCCAAGAGACAUCGGGAGCAUCCAGCCCCUGGUGAUGGAGGUCAAUAUUGUGGGAACAAUUUCCAUGACUUCAGUAUAGCAAAUAAUUGUGAAGCCCUCAUCUACACACGCAUGCUGUCAAAAGCUGUGCCUAUAAAUAAUCUGCACAUUCCCCAAUUAUAAAAUAUUUUCCAUAAAGGCAUCCCUGAAGAAAUACCGAAACAACACGCAUUUUCUACUGUAUUUUCUAUAUUCAGAUUGAAAUAUUUCCAUGGAAAAAAUAUAAUUGACCAUUAAUGUGAACCCUGCCUUCUUUUGUCCAUAGGUUUUAUCUGCUAUACAGGGUGUUUUCAGCUUUUUUUCCCCAAUUUUAUUUUAGAAUUUUGUCAUAUACUUAACCAUUUUAUAAAAUUCGUCUAUUCGUCCACAAAAGUAAAUGGUUCUUCUUGAGCCUAAUUGAAUCGUUUCUUUUGUGUGUGUAUGUGUGUGUGAAUGAGAUAAUAUAAAUUUUGAGAAUUAGGGUAAUUAACAGGAACAAAGUGCAUGGAUGUAAUUGAUUGCUCAAUAAUUUCACUAAAAGUCACCACUGAAAUUGCAUAACCUUGAUCCACAAGUUUUUAAAAAAGCCGCCUUGUUAUACUAAUUCGCUGUGAAUCCAUGACUGGAAAUUUUUAGCAAUUCUCCAAGAAACAACGCGCAAAACACUAUCCAAGGGGCUCUGUCUCUUUAAUAGGGGCUGAGCAACGAGGAGUCGGUUGCUGCCUGUCUAUAUUAUCCCGAACCUAACAGGCACCGGCUGCGACUUGACAUCACUGUGCAACUGGUUUGGGUCUGGGUGAAGAUGCGGUUACAUGUUGCUGAUGCCAGGAUUCGUGGCGUGAGGGCGAAAGGGACACGUCAGAUGCUGAAAUAAGUGUUUAUUUUUCUCGUUCCGAGCAGCUGAUUGACCUGAUGAUAAGAAUAGGACGCGACUGUAUGAUGGAUAGAGCUUCGCGCACUAACCGCGCCGUCUCCACUGCCUGAUUUUUUUUUCCCAAAGCGAAGUAAAAGGCAACAAUUUAGAAGAUUAAAUUGGAGAGAAUAUCGUGGCGAUUAUUGCGACGGGGAGGGGGAUGGUGCCUUGGAUAAAAAUAACUGGAUUAAGAGGAAAACGAUGGAGCCCAGAGAAGGGAACAGAGAGGCUGAGGCUCCCGGAAGAGAUCUUGUGAUCGCAGCGUGUCAGAUGAGAAAUAAAAAGAAAUUUUAGGCAAGAGUGUUAGCGAGAGGUGAGCCGGGGGACGACGGUCUGUGAUGAGAGAUCAGAUCACCAGUUCCAGGCGAUUCGAGACCGGAUCUGUUCGGAUAGAGGCUGGCAGCCGGGGACAGGCAGGAGAUCCAAACCUCCCAGGAUCUGCCCGCAGACAGCCAGCCCGAGAGAAGCGAUCAAGGGGUCAGAUAAAGCAGCAACGGGAGACAACAGCAGCAUCCAGACGGAAGAGGCACACCGCGGCAUCAGCACUUACACCGAGGAUCAGGAUGUGACCGCUGGCCUCGUCUUUGACAGUGAAUUUACCAUCUCUAUCUGACAAAAAUCACGCCCGUAUCCAGACAGUGCGCAGCUUUAUCUCACCAAGGCGUUAUCUAGAUGGCCGUCGAGGCUCUAGACACAGAUAGAAAUAUUUAAAACAAAACGCUCUUUUGAUGAAAAUUACUGAAGGAUUAACACGUUCAGCAGAGCUGCGUGGAAAUGGUAAAAGUCCAGCAUUGGCUUCUUUCCUGAUGGCGAUCGAGACUCCCGUUCCGAUGUGCGGCCGCUGAUUCCAAACGGAAGGAUUGGCGCACACAUCGCCAAGCAACUUUACAGACGAAACUUUUCCUAAGGAGAAUUUUUGGAGCAAAGAAUAUUUUCUAUCCCAUGGAUCCGGAAACCGGCAGGAUGGUGCCAGUGAUCAGACUGGUUAAGGAGAACGAGUUGCUGUGGAGCACGUUCCAUUCAGUGGGCACCGAGAUGAUAGUGACAGGCAGAGGAAGAUGUUUGUUCCCCCCGAUUGUCAUCACGCUACAUGGCUUAGAUCCAGAAAAGUCAUACACACUUAUGGUGGAUAUGGAAUCAAGCAGUGAUCAGCGUUAUUCCUACACAGAGGAGCGGGGCUGGUGCCCAUCUGCGCCAGCUCGACAGCAGCAAUCAAGUGGAGUUUAUAUCCACUCAGAUACACCUGCCCUCGGAGCUGAGCUGAACGACAAGCCCAUAACUUUCAAGCUGCUCAAAAUCUGCACAACAAAUGGGGCCGACAACAAAGGAAUGAUUCCCCUGACUCCAAUGCACAAGUACAGACCUCGAAUUCAUUUGAUUCAGAAUGCUGAGCAACUGAAGUCUAAACUUUGUUCGUGGACGUACUGCUUCCCAGAAACAGAAUUUAUAGCUGUGGGUCACUACCAUAGCAAAAAGAUGAAGAUGAUGAAGAUAGAGUACAACCCUUAUGCCAAGGGUGCUCUGCCACACAGCAGUAGAAGACAGAAGGACAUGCCACAAAGUGUGAUAGUUGAGGGCGUUGACUGUGGGAAUAGACGCAGCUCCUCCAUCAUGUUGGCCUGUCUUCAGCGAACACAGAACCCACCUUCACAGCGCUUGUCAUGUCCCAGUAAAACGCUGGAGCCUCUGAAAUGUGAGGCAGUCAGAUCCACACAUUCUCCACGGUAUCCUAGUCCAGCUGAACUUGAUGCUUAUGCCCAGAAGGUGGCUAACAAUCCACUAACAAUCAAGAUCUUUCCUACAAAUAUCAGGGUUCCUCAGCAUAAGCACCUUAAUAGGACUGUAAAUGGCUAUGACACAACGGGGCAACGCUACAGUCCAUAUCCAGUACAUUCUGGAGGAUAUCAAGGUCUUUUAGCUAUUGUGAAGGUACAUAGCAAAAGUGUGGUGAAAAGUACAGAUGGCAAGAGGACGCGAAUGUCCCCAGCACAAGUUGGAAAUGGCAACAUUGGAGCCUACCCAGUGCCAAGCACUUUAGCGCAGAGUCAAUCCUGUACUGGGCAAUUAAGUUACCAUAGUAGCCAGAAACCUUUGGAGGGACCUGUUCCACCUAAUGUGACUGUUGCCACAUCUGUGAUUCCAUUAGGAGGACGAAACCUGGCACUGCAGCAGUCAAAUCUGCCCUCCAUUCAAAGUAUUAUCUACCAGAUCAACCAGCAAUGCCAGGCUCAGGCAUCACAACAGGUUUCAGCUGCUGUUUGUCAGGGUGCUAUAAUUACCAAUCCAAGCCCAGCUACGGCCAGCCGCAAUGGUUUUACCAGUAUGGUCAAUGGCAGCGUGGUGUAUGCUGGAACAGUCGUACCUGAAUGUCGUGGAGGUGCAGAGUUGGCAACUGCUUCAAGUAUAACCUCCACAACGGGACCUAAAGCUGGGACCUACCCAGAUGGAAUGGAUUAUUUACUCUGGCAACAGAAACAGCAGAUCCGUAUGUAUUCGGGCAGUGGUGGGGGGGGAGUAAUCAGUAAAUCGCCGGAGGUUUGUGGUGUCCCAAGACCAUACACCUUGGCACCUACUGUUGAAAAAAUUCCUUCAUCUCCUUUGAACUGUGUGGGUAUGCACUGUAAUUUUUCUACAGGACAGUAUCUAGCAGCCCCAUGGAAUAGUGUAUUGGUGACACCAGACAGCGACUGUUAUAACCCACAGGACCUCACGAAUGGGCACCGUGACCUUGUCAUUCAGCCUUCGGAUGGACUCGCCAGUGUCUCCAGUAGAACGCUAUGUAAUACCUCUAUUCUCAGUAGUAGUCUGCAGUCACUGGAGUAUCUGAUUAAUGAUAUUCACCCACCCUGCAUUAAAGAGCAAAUGUUGGGUAAAGGAUACGAGACAGUUUCAGUACCUCGAUUGUUGGACCACCAAAAUGCUCACAUUCGACUACCGGUUUACAGAUAGAAAGAACUGUUGUUCAGUAAGCUAGUACGAUGGUGUUAAGUCUUUUAGAGAGGUACACAGAAAUCUUCAGCCUCAAUACUGUAGUUAAAGGCAAAUGAAGUGGCGUGUUUAAAAUGGCCCAGGUAUUACACGAUGCUGGAAUGAGUCUGGGUUGACAAAAGCAUGGAAUCUGCUGGUAUUAAUAAUGCAAGAUGGCAAUAUAAGAAAAAAAUACAAUAAAAUGGGGACUAGGAUUUGACAUUGGACAACAGAAGGCAAGGAGCUAUUGGAAAUGUGCAGAAAGCUUCGCCAUAUGUGCUGAUGGGUCUGCAUGCAGAAAAAGUUUAAAUUAAAAUCCUGCGCUCAAUUCUGUGAACAUGUGGUCCCGAGAUCCUCCUCGCCAUUGCUGCUUAUCACUGUCAUUGUCAUCUUCAUCUUUGCCAUGAUUACUACUGCCUAAAUCAGAGUGGAGAUUCGUUAUUGCACUGUGUUGGAAUUAAAAGUGGGGACAGUCUAAAAUAUUAUAAAAGAAAGUAUCUUGGAAAACUUGAACUUAAUCCUUGUUUGAUUUUUUUAAAUUUUGUGUUGGCUGCUAAUAAAUGUUUUUUCCUCCUUAAAUUUAGGGAAAUGUUGAAGUUCAUAUGAGGGAAUUGUUAGUUUUGACAGAUUUUCUUACUGAAAUACAUGCCCACAAUUGUGCUGAAGUAGCAAAGCAAGCUAUAAGAUGCAAGGGUUGAUGGCAUUGAUAAAGACACUCAAAAGAAUACUGUACCUGGUAUUGCUGUUCUUUCCAUAGGAUUAGAAAACCCAUUAGGUGUUAAAGUAAGUUGUAACAACACAUUCCAGCAGAAACUGACUUGUCUAUAUACUGUUUUUAACCUUACAAUUGAAAUAAAUGCCUGUUCAGCAAAAUGGAACACUCAGAGAUUGUGUGCUGCUGUGGUGAAUAGCAAACACUAAUAUCUGAUAACAGUUCCAAAGUAAUAGUGGGUCAUGGAAGAAUGGCUAGGAAAGGGGGCAACCAGGCCUAGUUAUUUUUCAUUGUAUUCACAAUUAUAAUGUUACUGUAUUCCACAAGGUAGUAUACCAUCUUUCUUCUUCCAGUUCCUCCUCACAUUUGCUGCUUCUGGACUUUGCCAGCAUUUUUCUUGAAUUAGCCAAUAAUCCCUGAAUGAACAAGCUUCACAGAGAUCCACAAGGCCAUUGACAUUUUUUUAACAUAUACCUUUCUUCCUUACUUAUUUCCUUGAAGAAUUAACUGACCACUGCUCAGCUGCUAACUUAAAAACAAAAAGGGAAAUAGUAAGAUUAUGUUUUGCAUUUGAACUACCAGUCCUUUGGCUUUAAUAUCAAAUGUUCAUUAAUAAAAGUUAUUUCUAGACAGACAGCAUUCAGUUUUAUAAAUGAACUGCACUUUCACAAUAGGUUUCUGUUUAACCAAUAUGUAUUUGAUUAGAUUAAUCAACUUUAUUUCCUUCCAGCAGUUAAAAUACUUAAUAAGCUGUAUCCUAGUCAAAGUUGAUUCAAUGUAUUGACAUUAAUAUGUAUAUUUUCUGCAUCCACAUCUCUCUUGUAGAAACCUUUGGCUCAUGCAUAAAUUUUUUUCAACUGUAUUGUAUAAUGCCUGUGAAAAUUCCUUUGGACCACAGGGUUCAAUUUUAAUUUACCGUUUAUGUUACAAAAAUGAAAUUCCUCCAAUUUAUCACAGCCCCACACCCCUAACCCACCCCCAACUCCAGCUACUAUGUUCAAAGAUGUACCUACUUUUUGUCAGCUUUUCACACUGUUAUGCUGUACCCCUUUAAUCCUGAAAAUAGCAAACGGCUUCACAUUUUUCCUCAAAUUAGUUGAUGUCUCAUAAUAACCCACUGGGAAAGAUAAAUCAGAGUGAAAUAGUUGUAAGUUUACCCCUUUAAUUUCUUUGCUGUCACCUCCCUUCAAUUAUAUAACUCCAAGCCCUGGCAAAUUUGACAUUAGGUUCCAUGGUUCAUUUGGAGUGUUUUGGGGUUCUGUUUAAAGAAAGGUAGAACUGAAAAAGGGUAAAAUUAGUAUCUACAAAGCAGCUUAAUAUUCCUAUAAAGCUUGUUGGCAGUGAGAAUAUUGUCCUUUCCUACUACAUGAGUUAAUGUACCUGCUGUGUAUUUCUAUUUUAAAAAAUUUUAUUUAGUGAUACUGCGCAGAGUUGGCCCUCCCGAUCCUUCAAGCCAUGCUGCCCCCAUCAACCUCCAACAAACCCAAUUAACCCUAAUGUAAUCACGGGGCAAUUUGCCGUGAAUAAUGAAUCUACCCAGUACGUCCUUGGACUGUUGGAGGAAACCGGAGCACCCGGGGAAAACCCAUGCAUUCAUUAGGGAGGACAUUUGAUAAACAGCUAAAAUAUUUGUUUCAUAACUUACAUCAUGCAUAUGAUUUGUUUGUCAUUUAUACUGAUGGAGAGUGGUCUUAAAAACUUUAGCAUGAUGUGAUUAAUUUAGUCCUUGGUUUCCUGCUGUUCUAAAAUCUAGUGCAUUGUCAAAAACAUUCUUGUGCCUGUUAAUCUUUCCUCUUUAAAAUUUUGGAGUUUUGUUUAAGAAAUGUUAGUAAAUCUCAUAAUAACCUAGGCUUGAACUAGUGCACUACAUUAACAUCUUUCUGCAAACCAAUGAAAUCCACCCAAAUUAAGAACAUUACAAUGUUGAACUUGCAGGCUAUAAGUCAGCUCCUCAAAUGCAGAGUGCUUAUUCGAAUUCAUUUUGAAGUUCAAAGUAAAUUUAUUAUCAAACUAUGUAUAAGUUACCGUACACUACCUUGAGAUUCAAUUUCUUGCAGGUAUUUGUGUGUAGAAUGACUGGACAAUUCAGUAAAGAGCUCCUACAGACCAUAUUGCCAAUGCAUUCAGAAAGUUUAGCAAUUUUGGAGGUUCUGCUUUAAAAGCCAACUGCCAUAGUUUUUUUUAGAUACUGCUUAUUUUUAUCUUGUAACUGCUUUAAAUAUCUCUAUUUCCUCAUUUACUUUUAUUCUCUCUGCACACAAUUGUCUUGUAACAGAAGGGGAGAAAAUUAGAAAUUGCAAUAUAUAUUUAUCUCAAAUUGCACAAUGGGAGUAAUUGUUUAUUAAGAAAAAUGUGACACUAGAGAUACUAAUGUUUACUCAGCUUGAGUAAAACUGAAGUGUGAAGAGCAUAAAAGCAUAUUUUGGCAUUGAACCAUUUGUUUUUCUACUUGAUCAUUAAUAGUAUUCAGAUACAUUUGACAUUUAUACGAGUCAAUAUAAACAAUGGUUGGGUUGGUCUAAGGAGUGAAAAUCAAGAACUAUUCGAACAGGUUGAUAGAUGUAGUAACAAAGUCAGUGUGAAAGUGUUUUUGUUAUAUUGUUUGGCUCUAGGAAAGGACGGAUGACUGGGUUCAUUUCUCAUUGCGAAGAGACUACAGAUGAAAUAGUCAAUUAUACACAGUCAUUUCACCUCUGGUUGUACGUCUGGUUUCAGCAAAAUUAUGAGGUGAAAGUCCUGUCACUCAAUUAACUAUCAGGGCCCUAUAUAAAAUCAAUUUGGAACAUCAUCUAAUUUCUUUUUGUCCCUGACUUACAGUUCAGAAUAAUCUGCAUUAAAUUGUUUAAACAUAGAACAUUACAGCACAGGGUCAGGCCCUUCUCUCUAUGAUAUCUAUGCCAACUAAUUCCAUUUCCCUGCACAAAGUCUAUUCCUGAGCACAUCUAAAUGCCUCUUAAACAUUACAUUCAUAUCUGAUUCCACCGUCUGUCCUUUCAGCAAGUUCCACUCUAAAACAAAACGCCAUAAAAUCUCCCUCAAACUUUCUCCCUCUUACCUUAACACUAUGCCCUCUAAUAUUUGACAUUUCCACUCCAGAGAAAACGAUUCUGACUAAUUACUCUAUCUAUUAGGUUUAGGAGAACAAGAAUGAAAAGUAUUCUACUAAACCAUGAGCUUGGGAUAAUAGGUAAAUUGUCUGUAUAUCUCUGAGCUGGGAGAUAAUGAUGCUGAUGAUGAAUAUGAAUGUUGAAGAACAUUCCCUUUUAAUAAUUACAACUUCAACUCAAUAGAACAAAUAUGCAAGUUGAGCACUAAAAAUGUUUUUGCAUCUUCCAAAGAUCUAAUACUGGAGUAAAUUUCUAAGAUAGUAUGUCUGAAAUUUACAAGAUAAAUGUUUAAUUUAGUUAGAGAUCAUACAAGUUGCAAAACAUUUUGUUCCUCAGUUAUUAUUAACUUGACCAAAAGUUUCAUAGUAAAUGUUUUGUCGUGCUGUUUAUUUAUUACUCAUAUUGCAUUUCUCAACAGUUAACUUUUUAAUUUCCUGAGUUCCAAAACAAUAAAAUAUAUAGAUAUUUUCUUACAAGAAAUGUGGCCUGAUAGAAUUAGAAGCCCUGGAAAUGGAACAGGUGAAAUGUUUUCUUAAUUGUCAGUUACUUGAGAUCAAUUGUACAUUUGUACAAGUCUGUUUGUUUUUUUCAGAACGAGUACAGGGUUAAUAGACAAAAGUCCUCUGUGAAAGAUGGUAAUCUGAAAUGUAAGCACAAUAAGUAUUUAAUAGCAAAGUAUAAAGCAUUAUAAACUCCUUAUUUACAGAAAUAUUUGGACUUGAUGUGUUUUCAGAAACACUCAUUUGUACCCAUAUUCCACGUGCUGCUGUAACAUACUCUUGCUUUCCACAGAGUAUUUACAUUGCUGAGGGAAAGAACUGCCACAGACUUCAUUUAUAAACUGAAUACCCUAUGGUACCAGAAUGAGAAAUUCUUCAUUAGUGUUGCCUCUAGAAUUAGAUUAUUAUUGUCACCAUUCCACAAAGGAACUUUGGAAUUGGAAUCUGGACCAUUUAUAAUUUCUCAAAUGCUUUGAUAAUGAUCUUCACCCAGUUAAAGAACGGGGACGAAGAACAAAAUCUUUGUCUAUUACUCCAUGACAUUUAUAAUCUCUACAGUUCUGCUCCGCAGCCCUGUGGUUAUGCCAUUUCUAUAAUGCAGAUAAAAGAGCCUGAGUGAUAUUGAUAGAGAUUUCUAAUAUUGCCAUAAUCACGCAAGUGUUAGAUGUCGGACUGUUUUAACUAUAUUGAUUAUAAUUUACAUAAAUUAAGAAUACAUUAAAACAAUCAGGACUUCUAAUGGAUAUAUUGUGGCACAAUCAAUUCCAUAUAAAAACAUUGUUUUUAAAUAUCCUAUACAAGAACCUCUGAUAUCCUUAAAUGCUUUCCUUGCCUAUUACUAUGUAAGAUACUGACGUAUGCAGCACAUUGCCUCUGUUAAGACACUGGAAUUGAGCAACAUUUAUAAAACAAAACCAGCCUGUAAUGAUAAUGAACUUUAAGACUACACAUCUGAUCUAAUUUUACACCAGAUCUAGAAACACAAUUCCCAUUUUCAACAGGAUUGUCAGCAACUAACUCCUCCCUUGAAAUUGUGUUCAGGUAGUGCUGCUAUCUGAAUUGCAUGCUUAGAAAAAUUUCCUGAUUUUUUUUUCAAAGCUCAAUUUAAAUAAAUCUCCAUUAUGUAACUACCAAUUAUCUCCUGCUCAGCACAUUGGAUUGAGUGUACAGAUGGAAACCCCAGUUAUCCAAAUAGAAAAUUGAGUAAAAGUGUUUCUUUGUGGUGGGUUGGGACUGUUACUGAAGAGAGACACGGCAGAUGAUUUUGUACAGAGAAAGAGACUAUAUACAACUUUAUCUGAUAAUCACUGUAAAAUUUCGCUGAUACAAAUAGAAUUAUAAUGUGAGGUGACUUUAUCCACUUUGGAGCAAGUAUAUUCUUGGACAAACAAUAAGCUCUAUACAUGGUAUUAAUUCAAAAUAGGAUUCUGUGAAGAGCCGCAUAGUCAUUCUGCUUUUCACCCUCAGCUGUUAAGUCAGUACAAGUUAUCAGGCAAGUCAUUAGAGUUUCAACAACUAAAAACCCUGCCUUCCAAAACAAACAUUUUUUUUUACCUUUAGAUAUUGAGAAUAGGCAAGGGAAUACCAUCUAAAGGAUGGAAUUAGUGUGAGGUGCACCUCAUUUAAAGCCUUUCUGAAAAAGGUUUUGUAGACUGGAGAAGUGGCAAAGAAAGAAGUACCCACUUUAAGUUUUAGUUAUUGAACUAUUAUUCAUGUAAUGUAUUAGUCUUCAAAUUAAAUUCAAUUGUCAUUCAAACCAUACAUUCUGUAGGCACAGGUGAACGAGACAGCAUUCCUCUGGGGCUCAGUGCAAAACAUCCAAAAUAGCAAGCAAUCAUUCAAAAAUAGCAAGUAACAUCAAAAACCUAAGAAAAAGUGUUGUCUUUACCAAGGCCAAUUCACUGAAGUUGGUUUGUUUGCCUGCUGUGAGUUUAACAUGCUCUAGAAAAGGAUUAUAAGCAUACUCUGUUCAUAUAGUUAAGUCAAAAUUUUCAAUGGCAUGAUCAUUAUAAUUAAUCCUUCCUAAUUAGCAGAAGGUGAGGAAGAGUUUCUCCACAACCAACUUGCAAGACUAAAGUAGAUAAAAGAAGCAUUCCCUGUACUUCAGGGCAAAUGUAUCACUUGGGAGCAUUGUCCACAUGUAACAAGAAUAUUGUUCCCCUUUAUUAGAUAGUAGAUCUGAAAGAUUGUGCAAAAGGCACAUAUUUUAGUCUUUCUAGUAGGAAGUCAUCAAAACUAGAUAACAUUUUUUAAAAAACAUUCUUUGCUGAGUUCUUAGAGUAGAUUAGGCCUGUUUUCUGGCAUCCACAAAAUACUUUGUUGGUGGUUGUUAAGUAAUCUUUACAAAGGAAUAAAUGAUAAGGAAAAUUUACAAUUCAGGACUUCCAUAUCUUAUUGCCACUUUUAACAUUAGUGUGGACAGUUACAUGGAGUGAAAUUUAAAACUAAAAACGGAAUUUAAUUAAUUCCCUUUGGAAUCUAAUUAACAUUGCAGAUAGACAGAAGUAUUGAAGUAGAUGCUACUUAUUAUGUUUUCUUUGCAGCAUUAAGUUGUUAGUGUAAUGGGCAUGAAUUAUUUCACUGCCCUCUUCCUCCCGAGAGAAAGGAUCUGACAGCCAUCCCUUUUAUGUCCUUAGCUCUGGUUUAAUACCAAGUUCAUUGCUGUCUAAAUGAAAUGUGGUAAAUCCUUUUCCACUGCAAGUCAAAAUUCAAAGCAGGCAAACAAACCAACUUCAGUGAGUAGAACAGCCUUGGUAAAGUGAACACUUUUUCUUGGGUUUUUGAUUUAAUAGGAAAUCUGUUGUGUGUCAAACUUGGUGCAAAUUAAGCAGUACUUUGCUCUUUCUGAGUAAUCGAUUUUAAAUUGUUUUCAAUAAUUUCAUCUAAAUUAAUUCACAAAAUAGAAGACAUAGUGUGUGGAUUAUUUCUCAAGACUGUAAAGUAUUGUGUAACAAAAAGAAAGUUGGAUGCCCUUUUACCUUUAUAGGUACCCCCAUAUCUGCUGAAAUCAUCCUUCCAUUUUAAAUAGUUAUUCCCAACUGUUUGAUAGCUUUAACAAAGAUUGCUUUGAAGUACAGUUACAUUCUGGGAAGUUUAAAUGACAGAAAAAUCAAAUUGCUUUAACACAGGAGUUCCCAGACUGGGGUCCACAGACCCCUUGCUGAAUGCUGUUAGUCCAUGGCAUAAUAAAGAUUGGGAACCCCUAAAGUGACUGCUUGCAUAAGUUGAUGGCAACGUAAUGACUUGUUUUGGAAAUUUUUUGAAUCCAUUUGUGCCCAAGCAUCAAGCCACAGUCCCUCGAACUACUUUGCAUAUUGGGAGAAGGAAUUUGAAGUGAUGGUCAGCAGCAUUUUAGUUUUAUAAUCUGCUGUUCAGUAAGAUGUUAUGCUCCAGGCUGUUUCAAAUAGGACUUCAGUUAAAAGAUGGGAAGUAUUGCUAAUAGCUGAUGAAAUCCAGCCCAACAACUUACUUUUACAGCAAAUCUACAGGAUCCUUCUGGUGAUAAUAUUUGCUACCAAGCCUUUUAAGGAGCCCCAUUGGAUAGCUGAUCAAAACCUAGAUCAAAAGAAAGUUUAAGCUACAUCUUACAAGCAAAGUGGUUUAGGAAGAGAAUUACAGAUCUUAAAGCCUGAAGUGAUUGUGGAGUCAUACUAAUUGGGUAAAGAAACCAUUGAAUUUGAUUUCCAAUUAAGACUGCAUUUGUAAUGAUUUCUGAACUAAUUAGGCUCUGCUUUCUGGGGCUAAUCUACUUCAGCUGGGACAAGAGCCAGAAAAAUGUCUUUUAAAGUUGAUGGCAACAAGGACUUAGUGAACUCAUAAAUUGUUAUUCUUGCCCUGUACUUCAAAAUCUAGGUGGAUGUAAUAUUACUUGAAGAGCUGCAAUAUGACACCCAGAUAAUGUUAGUACAAGAAAAAGUAAGAUAUUGAAGCUGUCGGGGUAAACAACCCAAGUGCUCAAACUUAGUAAAGAAGUACUUAACUAGUGGCUGCAAGAACCUCUGGUUAUUGAAGCGAAAAAUUUUCAUGGUGGUUUUGACUAUCUAGUUAACUUUUAAUGUUUUGUUGGCUUAAUCUUUUUAUCUGACAUUUCAGCAUGGGGUACAGAGAGUUUAAAAGGCUGCACAAUCUCAUUACAAACUUUCAAUGAUCAGGCAUGGCAAAACCUAAUUAUGAAGAUUAUAUCGAAUUCGAUUCUUUCCAUUUACAUCAGUUGAGCUAUGCUUGGUGUGAAAGAAGAUAUUUCGAUUACGUUCAGUUGAAACCUAAAUAAUUGUAGCACCAAAUGUAAUUUCCUCUGUGGAAAUUAUGUACAUAUUUAAUAAUGUAAUAUGUUAUAUCUAUAUACAAUAUAUGUAUAAUAUAUUACUACUUGCAAAAAAAAAUUGUCAUCACCCAGUGUGAAUACUCUUGGCCAUCAAUCACACAGUACUUGCUGCCAAGCCAUUGGUAUUGCAAUGUAUCACUAUACAUAAAGAAAGACCCAAGAACAAAAGAAAUUGUGUGUCACAUUUACAAUAAACAUUUUCUGUACUUAAGAAAUUAAGGUAAUAAUUUUCUGCCUUGUAGUCAUCACCAGACAUUCAUCAUCUAAUGUAGUGAGUGGUAAGUGCUCCUGAAGCUGUCUUAAAACUUCUUUUGAAGAAAUAGCAAUUGUAUUAAUUUUUUUAAGUACAGUGCAAUAAGAUUUUUAAAUACAAAAGUAUGAAGCAUUGAUAUAACCCAGCAAAAUAAAUAAUACAUUAGAAAUUCCAUUUUCUAUUUUAGUAUCAUCAAAUAGGCUUCAGGGAAAGGGGCUAAACCUUCAUAUUUGUGAAUAGUUACCUCACAUUGUGAUAUUUGUGGGUUAAAAUUGCAAUGAUCUGCUUAGUUUGUUUUGAUUCUGGUCCAUCAUAAUCUUUAGAUGGUUUUUUAACACAUUCUUUUCCAUUCUGUGGCAGAUUAUUUUCCAUUCCAGCUUUUAAUUUUUGCUUUUUGGAAAUUCUAAACUGAAGUAAAGGUUGAUUCUGAAAAGUUUGGGCCCAGCCAUCUAAUCAAUUGAGACCAGUUUAGGAAACUAAAAGUAGCUUUCAGGUCAAUUUGCUGUGACAAAUUUGAGCAAGUUUUAGGUUAAAUUUUCUGAUCCACACCAAUAAUGAAGUUGUAGGCAUCAUUAUGUAAUAGAAACUUCUUUAUUUCUUGGAGAGUUAUUGAGUGCUACUGUCUGACCUUGGGGAUGAUAGAGAAACACAUUCCGUCUAGCCCUAGUUUUAUAUGUGAAACAAACGGAGAGAGAAAGAAGUUCGCGAUUACCACCUAAGGUGCACCUUGCUUUUAAAAGCCUGCAGUAUUUCCAUAUUUGUGUUUUAAAUAUUUUGUAAAUGUUUCCUCAGGAAAAUAAGGUGUAAUAUUGUGUAUGUAUGAAUGAAGAAAGCUGGUUUAUUUGAAGAAAUGUAACUAAAUGCUGUAACUUCUCUGGCCUUGGAACUAACUACUCUGAAUGUGCCUAUGAUUCCCUCAUCCUACACAUAUGCUUUCUGUCGCUCCUAGAUUAAACAGGGUACAGCCCUGUGUUGCUAUUCAGACAACCCUGUUGAAUUUUGUGUUUAUUUUUUGUCGAUCUCAGGACUGAAACUUCUUUAUUUUAUGUAGAUGUUUUAUUUAUUCUGUUUCUUUAUUUUAUUAUUGGUUAACAUGAAAUGAAUAAAGCAAAUAACAUCAAAUAA